CCCGCCCCUGCUCGCGGAGUGGCGGCGGCCGACGCUCGGCAGACCGUGCCACCCGGCGUGGAGGACGGGGUGCACUCCCGCGACCCGGGCGCUCAGCCUGCGCUUUGGGGAGCCGCGACUGUGCUGAGCGCUGCGGACGGCCCCUUCGCUCCCCGCCGGAUCUCGGCCGCAGCGAACAGGCUCGGAGCCUGCGGGGACCCGGGCGGCCACCCCAGCCGCCGUACGCCGCCUCCCCCUCGGUGGGAGCGGGAGUUGGGCCCGGCUGCGGCGGAGCGUUCGCUCUGGAGAUGGCAGAGCCGCCGCAACGCGGCCCGAGGCCCCGCGAGCAGGGAAGCCGGGCAGCCCCGGGGACAGCGGGGACGCCGCCCACUCCGCCGGGUGAGCCGCCCUUGAGCAGAGCCGCCUCCCGCCCGCGGUCGCCUUGAGUUCCUCCAGGCCGCCCAUCAUGGGGCCAAGCUUUGUGACCUUUGCUGACUUCUGAUGUAAGAAGCUCCAUUAGUGCUGAGCUGAGGGAGCUAGACUUUUCAGCCUGAAGCAUGGGCCAUGGGGCCAUGGUGACCUGAGACCAGUGGACUCUGUCCAGUUUCCCCCCUGCUGCUCCUUCUACCUUUCCUACCCUUACUGAAAGGAGCUGUGUCCAUCUCUUCAGGGAACUGAUCCUGAGGGAAUCCCUUUCCCUACUUCCCUAUUUUUCCACUCACCCAAGACAGUUCCAGCCUAUAGAACUUCUAUCUCCCAUCCCCUGAGGUGGUCCCCAUCCUCCCUCAUUUCUCCCUCGCCAUGCUCCAGCUGUGGAAGGUGGUACGCCCAGCUCGGCAGCUGGAACUGCACCGCCUCAUACUGCUGCUGAUUGGUUUCAGCCUUGUCUCCAUGGGAUUCCUGGCUUACUACGUGUCCACCAGCCCCAAGGCCAAGGAACCCUUGCCUCUGCCCUUGGGAGACUGCAGUAGCAGUGGGGCAGCUGGCCCUGGCCCUGCACAGCCUCCAGUCCCACCUCGGCCCCCCAGGCCUCCAGAAACAACUCGAACUGAACCUGUGGUUCUUGUGUUUGUAGAGAGUGCAUACUCACAGCUGGGGCAGGAGAUUGUAGCCAUCUUGGAGUCCAGUCGUUUUCGUUAUAGCACUGAGUUGGCACCUGGCCGAGGCGAUAUGCCCACAUUGACUGACCAUACCCGUGGACGCUAUGUCCUGGUCAUUUAUGAGAACCUUCUCAAGUACGUCAACUUGGACGCCUGGAGUCGAGAACUGCUAGACCGGUACUGUGUGGAGUAUGGUGUGGGCAUCAUUGGCUUUUUCCGAGCCCAUGAGCAUAGCCUACUCAGUGCCCAACUUAAGGGCUUUCCCCUUUUUCUACACUCAAAUUUGGGGCUCCGAGACUACCAGGUGAAUCCUUCUGCACCACUACUACAUCUCACCCGUCCCAGCCGCUUGGAGCCAGGACCACUGCCUGGCGAUGACUGGACCAUCUUCCAGUCCAAUCAUAGCACAUAUGAACCAGUGCUUCUUGCCAGCCAUCGGCCAGCCGAGCUCCCUGUACCAGGACCAGUGCUUCGUCGGGCCCGGCUCCCCACUGUGGUGCAGGACCUAGGGCUUCAUGAUGGUAUACAGCGGGUGCUAUUUGGCCAUGGCCUUUCUUUCUGGCUCCACAAACUCAUUUUCGUUGAUGCUGUUGCAUACCUCACUGGCAAGCGCCUCUGCCUGGACUUUGACCGCUACAUCUUAGUAGACAUCGAUGACAUCUUUGUGGGCAAAGAAGGUACCCGCAUGAAGGUGGCUGAUGUUGAGGCUCUGCUGACCACCCAGAACAAACUCAGGACCUUAGUCCCCAACUUUACCUUCAACCUGGGCUUCUCGGGCAAGUUCUACCAUACUGGGACAGAGGAGGAAGAUGCAGGAGAUGACAUGCUGCUGAAGCACCGCAAAGAGUUCUGGUGGUUCCCCCACAUGUGGAGCCACAUGCAGCCACACCUGUUUCACAAUCGCUCCGUGCUGGCUGACCAGAUGAGGCUCAACAAACAGUUUGCUUUGGAACAUGGGAUUCCCACGGAUCUGGGGUAUGCUGUGGCCCCCCACCACUCGGGUGUAUACCCCAUCCACACGCAGCUCUAUGAGGCCUGGAAAUCUGUGUGGGGCAUCCAGGUGACCAGCACUGAGGAGUAUCCCCAUCUCCGCCCUGCCCGCUACCGCCGUGGCUUCAUUCACAAUGGCAUCAUGGUGCUCCCCCGACAAACUUGUGGCCUCUUCACUCAUACAAUCUUCUAUAAUGAAUAUCCUGGAGGUUCUCGAGAACUAGACCGGAGCAUCCGAGGUGGAGAGCUUUUUCUGACAGUGUUGCUUAAUCCGAUCAGCAUCUUUAUGACCCAUCUGUCUAACUAUGGUAAUGACCGGCUGGGCUUGUAUACCUUUGAGAGUCUGGUGCGCUUCCUCCAGUGCUGGACACGACUGCGUCUACAGACCCUUCCUCCUGUCCCCCUUGCACGAAAGUACUUUGAACUUUUUCCUCAGGAGCGAAGCCCCCUUUGGCAGAAUCCCUGUGAUGACAAGAGGCACAAAGAUAUCUGGUCCAAGGAGAAAACCUGUGAUCGACUCCCCAAGUUCCUCAUUGUGGGACCCCAGAAGACAGGCACCACAGCUAUCCACUUCUUCCUGAGCCUGCACCCAGCUGUGACUAGCAGUUUUCCUAGCCCCAGCACCUUUGAAGAGAUUCAGUUCUUCAGUGGCCCUAAUUACCACAAGGGUAUUGACUGGUACAUGGAUUUCUUCCCUGUCCCUUCCAAUGCCAGCACUGAUUUCCUGUUUGAAAAAAGUGCCACCUACUUUGACUCAGAGGUUGUACCCCGGCGGGGAGCUGCCCUCCUGCCACGAGCCAAGAUCAUCACUGUGCUCACCAACCCUGCUGACAGGGCCUACUCUUGGUACCAGCAUCAGCGAGCUCAUGGAGACCCUGUUGCUCUGAAUUACACCUUCUACCAAGUGAUUUCAGCAUCCUCUCAGGCUCCUCUGGUACUUCGCUCCCUGCAGAACCGCUGUCUUGUGCCUGGCUACUAUUCUACCCAUCUACAACGCUGGCUGACUUACUACCCCUCUGGACAGUUGCUGAUUGUGGAUGGGCAGGAGCUUCGUGUCAAUCCAGCAGCCUCAAUGGAGAGCAUCCAGAAGUUCCUGGGUAUCACACCCUUUCUGAACUACACUCGGACCCUCAGGUUUGAUGAAGAUAAAGGAUUUUGGUGCCAGGGACUUGAAGGUGGUAAGACGCGCUGUCUAGGGAAAAGCAAAGGCCGGAGAUACCCAGACAUGGACACAGAAUCCCGCCUUUUCCUUACGGACUUUUUUCGGAGCCAUAACUUGGAGCUAUCAAAGCUGCUGAGUCGGCUUGGCCAGCCCGUCCCCUCCUGGCUUCGGGAAGAACUACAGCAUUCCAGUGUGGGCUGAUGCCCCCUUCCUUCCUUCCUAAACCAGCAAAACCCUGCUGCUUCCCUGAAGGACACCUAAAGCAGGACCCACAAGGGGGAUUAGUGUGGCUUGGCCCCUACCCCCUCUACCUCAGUGGCCCCCGGGACUAGAAUGCCUGAAAAGGGAAGGAUAUCCCUUUCCUGUAGCUCUGGGGCCUAAUAAAGGUACUAGGUACCUUUGACCCAUGAACUUGCGGGAGGUUGGAAGAAUAAGAGGGUCCAGAGGAAUGUAUUAAUUCAAUUUCUCUCUUCAUUCCCAGAAAUGUAUCUAUCUAUACCUGGCUAUGGGAGGGCCCUUUGCUGUGGCUCCUUUAGUCAGGCAGUGGGAUCUACCUGUGGCCUGGCCUCCCUGAUGUCAUUCACAUUGAAUGGGGAUGAGGUCAGACAGCUGCUCAGAGAACUGAGUAUGAGCCCUAGCUGUGGGCUAGAAAUGUCCUUAAUAAACAUCCUUAUUUUUCA